CCUUAUCACAAGGGGAGGUCUCUGGGCAGGUAUAACUAAGCGAGCUGCGCCGUCGAGACCGCAGUGCGAGUUCCUCAGCCACUUCAACAUGAACAAGCUCAUAGUGUGCUGUUGUCUGCUGGUCAGCGCCAGCGCUGAACUUCUGCAUCAGGAGCGGAGUUUUCACCCAAAGGAUAUUCAACGUGUACGAGAUUGGCGCAGUGCUAAAGACGUAAACACACAGCCAGGUACCACUUGGUGGCCAGACACUACCAAUGGCACAACCUGGGCACCACCUACCGAUGGCACAACCUGGGCUCCACCUACCAAUGGGACAACCUGGGCACCACCUACCAAUGGCACAACCUGGGCACCACCUACCAAUGGCACAACCUGGGCACCACCUACCAAUGGCACAACUUGGGCACCACCUACCAAUGGCACAACCUGGGCACCACCUACCAAUGGCACAACCUGGGCUCCACCUACCAAUGGGACAACCUGGGCACCACCUACCAAUGGCACAACUUGGGCACCACCCACAAAUGGUACAACCUGGGCACCACCUACCAAUGGCACAACCUGGGCACCACCUACCAAUGGCACAACCUGGUUUCCUACAAAUAGUACUACUUUAGCACCACCUACCAAUGGCACAACCUGGGCACCACCUACCAAUGGCACAACCUGGUUUCCUACAAAUGGCACAACCUGGUUUCCUACAAAUAGUACUACUUUAGCACCACCUACCAAUGGCACAACCUGGGCACCACCUACCAAUGGCACAACCUGGUUUCCUACAAAUAGUACUACUUUAGCACCACCUACCAAUGGCACAACCUGGGCACCACCUACCAAUGGCACAACUUGGGCACCACCUACCAAUGGCACAACCUGGGCACCACCUACCAAUGGCACAACCUGGGCACCACCUACCAAUGGCACAACCUGGGCACCACCUACCAAUGGCACAACCUGGUUUCCUACAAAUAGUACUACUUUAGCACCACCUACCAAUGGCACAACCUGGGCACCACCUACCAAUGGCACAACUUGGGCACCUCCCACAAAUGGUACAACCUGGGCACCACCUACCAAUGGCACAACCUGGGCACCACCUACCAAUGGCACAACCUGGGCACCACCUACCAAUGGCACAACCUGGGCACCACCUACCAAUGGCACAACCUGGGCACCACCUACCAAUGGCACAACCUGGGCACCACCUACCAAUGGCACAACCUGGGCACCACCUACCAAUGGCACAACUUGGGCACCACCUACAAAUAGUACUACUUUAGCACCACCUACCAAUGGUACGACCUGGGCUCCUUCCACAAAUGGCACGACCUCGGCACCACCUAACAAUGGCACCAAUUGGGUACCACCUUCCAAUGGCACAACCUGGGAACCACCAAGCAAUGGCACAACCUGGAGACCACCUACCGAUGGUACGACCUGGGCUCCAACAACCAAUGACACAACAUGGGAACCUCAAAGCAAUGGUACAACCUGGGCUCCAACAACCAACGGUACAACCUGGGAACCACCUGCCGAUGGCACAACCUGGGAACCACCAACCAAUGGCACAACCUGGGAACCACCAGCCGAUGGUACGACCUGGGCUCCAACAACCAAUGACACAACAUGGGAACCUCAAAGCAAUGGUACAACCUGGGCUCCAACAACCAAUGACACAACAUGGGAACCACCUGCCGAUGGCACAACCUGGGCUCCAACAACCAAUGACACAACAUGGGAACCACCUGCCGAUGGCACAACCUGGGCUCCAACAACCAAUGACACAACCUGGGAACCACCAAGCAAUGGCACAACCUGGGCACCACCUAACAAUGGCACAACCUGGGAACCACCUGCCGAUGGCACAACCUGGGAACCACCGUCCAAUGGCACAACCUGGGAACCACCUGCCGAUGGCACAACCUGGGAACCACCGUCCAAUGGCACAACCUGGGCACUGCCAGCUACUGAAUACUAACACAACUAGUAAUGACACCUCAAAUCGAACAAUAUAAAAUAUAAGUCAAGUGACAUACCUUUGGCGUGAACGUUUGUUUAUUCAUGUCUUCGAUCUUAUUAACGCGAUACUUAUUAUUAAUACGAGUAAUCGAAGAUAUACAUUUACUUAAUAUAGUCCUCCUCUCGAAGUGAUUCAUUACAACAUUUAAAGAUUUUAAAGGAAGGCCUCGACCCCACAUCGCCGUCGUCGUCGCGGCGAGCGGGGCCGGGGCCUAAGAAAACCUAUCAUCAUGUACUUCGAUAAGGAAAUAAAUAUAUUAUAUAAAUAAAUUGUAACACAAGAUUA